AUGGCUGCUGCAGAGGUGAUUCGAUGGAGCACAGUUGUUGGAGAAUAUGGAGUUUUGCUAACCGAAAUGGGAUCCAUGGAAGAUCUGCAAACCCCAAUAAAGCCGUAUCCUCGUAUAAAGUACACAUGUAUGGCGGCUUCCAAAAAAUACAUAGCAAUGGGUUCUUCUACGGGGGCCAUAUAUAUAUUUGACAGGAAGACUCUGAAGCACAUCAGGUUUAUAAGUAACAAAGAUGGCCCUAUUCUUGCUGUCUGCUUCACUCAAAGCCGCAGUCUCUUGGGAGUUGCAACAAGUUCUGGUAUUGUCCUUGUCCUGCAAGUUAGUUCCAAACAUAGAGAAAAACCAAAGUUUAUCAGACGAUCAGAAGAGCAUAAGAAUACAACUGUGACUGCACUAUGCUGGGAUAAAGAUGAAUGUCGUCUUUUUGCUGGUGAUGUUAAUGGUGUUGUGAGUGUCAUUCAUAUACCAGUGGUAAGUAAGAUGCCACAUUCAGUAAACAAAGGCUUUCCUCUGCUACAUACGUCUGGUAUUGUAGCCAAGGCCCAAACUGUUAUUGUUCAGCUGGACUGUAUUAAUGAUAAACUUCUUGUGUCCACCAUGACCAAAACUGCUGUUGUUGAUCUGAAAAGUUUGGAUUGUGUGCCAGUUGGGGUCAAACUAAGGGAUGGUUUAUAUGGAAGUUGUUUCUUUAAAGAAGAGAACUCUGACAGUCCUACUGUGUACUCAGCACGUCCUGGGUCAAGAUUGUGGGAGGCCAGCAUGGAUGGUCAAGUCAUGGCCACCCAACAGUACAAGAAACUUCUGGGUUCACCUCCAGUGCCAAUACUUGGUUAUAGUCAUGGUGAUGAUGAGCCAAUAGAUGAAGAAGAGUUUCCUCCACAGUCUGUAAAUUUUGCUAAGCUGCUGCUUGUAAGAAGUCGGUUCCUUGUCACAUGGCAUGGAUCAUCACUGUAUAUCAUGGAUCCAAUCCUUGGGCAGUUGGUGGCUUGGUACAAUAUUAACACAGUGGUCCAGGAUCUUGUGUGCAUUGGACGGGAAUUCUACGUGUAUGAUGCAGAAGAUUGUGUCAAAUGGUUUGCCCUUCUUUCUGUGAAAGAGUGCAUAUCUAGACUGCAUGAAAUGGGAGAAAUCAGACAGUGUUUAAAGGUUGUGCUUGACUGCAAGCAUUUCAUCAUUCCCGGAUCAGCAAGAGAUGUGGUUCCAGUUUCUUUGGUCACAAAUCUCAAAGAGAGCUUAAGCGAAGAAGACAUGGAAAACAAGGAUCAAAUUGCUGAGCUGGAAGAACUCGAGCGUGGUAUGGAGCCUGCAACAGACGAGAAUGUCAAUUUACCAGAUUUCCAUGGUAACACCAGCCUGACUGCCAGUCCUGACACACUGAGUGUGUGCAGUGAUGCAUUAACUGAUGAUCUGGAGCCCAAUGGGAGGAUGGCGGAAAUAGGACAAGAAGAUGACUACUCGCCAAACAAUAAGUGCGACGAUGAUGGGUCAGAAGUUAAAGGUGCUCUGCACAGGAAGCUUAUGAAACAGUGGAGCGGGAAUAUCUCAUUGGAGGGUAUGCUGAUAUCAGCUGCCGCCGCAGCCAAAAAGUUUACCUCAGAGCGUCAGAAAGGAAAUCUCAAACUGAGCAGUGAGUCACAAAGUGAUGCCGUUGAGUUCAAGAGUGAGACUGCCUCGGACCCUAGCGCUGGUCAACCGAAUGAACUGCCGGAUAUUCAAGAAGUCGUCCGUGAAGAGGAGAGUCCUCGACUUCAAAAGAAAAGUCUCGAGCAGAGUCCAUGUCACUCUGAUGACAGUGAAUCAAGACAGUCAGGAAAUGAGGGAGCAGUAGUGGAAGAAGAGGUCUUUGAAAAACGGGAAAGGCGAGAAAAGAAGAAGAAAAAGAAAAGAGUUGUCACAGUUGAUAUCGAUUCACCUCAACUGAAACAAGAGGUCUCGCUGGGCAGUCCCAUCCCCCUUGUGCGGAGCGCAUCUUUUCGUGGUACUUAUUCUCCAACUGAGGAUGCGGAGGUAAGGAGCAGACUUUUAUCAGAGCCUGAAAAGCUAGUCACUAGCCCCGCACAAUCAGAACUUCCUCCCGCCAUCCCAGCCAUGUUGUCAAAAGCUAAAGGCUUGCUGAAAAAGAAACUGAAAGUUCCAUCAGAGGAUUCCUUUAGUUUACCCUCUCCUACCCCACCCAUGGAGGAAGAAACCAUCAGCAAAAGAGAGGAAGAAGUAGACUCGGAGGAGAUGGAAUGCCCACCGGAAGUCGUGGAGCUUAUUCGGAGUUCAACGAAGACUCGGAAUGAAGUCAAGAAUCCAGUGGUGCUAUUCAGUAUCAGUAGUCUUCGUAAAGUUCUGGAAGAAUGGGUCCCUAAACUACAUGCGGCCAUGAAGAGCUGUCAUGAGUUCAACAAGAACAUUGAUAAGAACAACACUAAGGUUGAUUUAAAGUUGUUUCUCGAUGAACCUGCGUUUGGCGAUGUCGCUCACCUAACAAGAAUGUGUUUUGACUGUGGUGUAUUUGGAGUAGAAGGUAUGGUAUGCUUGGAAGACCUGUCCCAUGAAGUUUUGUGUAGCGACGAAAAGACCAUGCCUAAUGGCCCGUUGGCGGUUCAAGAUGGUGCAGAGAUUAUUGAUGAGAAAAACUUAAAGAAUGGAGGCAUUCGUCCUUUGCUACACAACUCUUUGGAAACCGUAUCGGAACGUAUGACUAAUGGUUUUAAUGGUGUCUAUGACGCUGGCCAAUCAACUCAAGCUGGUAAAACCACCGUGAGUGACUUGAAAUCUAUUUCCUCAAAUAGCACAGAUGUUCAAGAAGUAAGCGUCAAGGUUGAAAUUUCAAACAGCGAUACUAAAGAAGCAUUUCAGACUUUGCCUAUGGACAAACACAGUUCUGGAGAGGACAAGUUAAUCUUGUCAACGAAUAAAAGAUGCAACGAGGCAUUACCUAACAGCACAAUGAACGGAGACUUCUCUAAUGGAGAAGGAACUCAUGGCCCUUCUUUCUCACAAAAAGAGCAAGGUAUUUUCAGUUCAGCUAAGGACCGUAUGCUCGUUUGUUUGCAGUGUAAGGAGGGAACUGCAUUCUCUCGGAUUCCCCAUGAAAAUGCCGAAAGCCAACGCUCUGAACAGCGAGAAAAUGACACUAUUAGGUCAAAAUUCUUAUCUUACUAUUUCUUUCUGCUGAAUGUGAAGCAGUUACGACGGACGCUGUUUAUGAGCAAGGGCGAUAGACGAACAACAUGGAGAGCUUUUAUAGAUGGCAUGUCUGGUCUGGUAACGACUGAUGACGUGAUUGUUAAGUAUUUGAAGGACGGCGAUCCACGGCGAGCACUUCAUGAAUUGCAUGAUGGGAUGGAGGCUUACUCUAGCAUUCUACUGUAUCAUUUAACUCGCUUGUAUGAAUACGAUCGCCGUGAAACAAUGAUCACGUGCGCGAGAAUGUUUCCUGAUGUGCAACCGUGGGAGGUGAUGGAGAUAUGCCGGCAGAACAGUGGUCUGUGUUUUGAAGUCAGAUCAGAUGAUUUUGUGUUUUAUGUGGAACAACUGAUGAGAUGGCGGGCUGAGGUUGGAAUUACCAAAGAACAAACUGUCAGUAAGAUUUGUGAGGAUGUAGGAGUCGCCGUGUGGUGGUUCCACUGCUCACUUGUUGUAGAUUCUUCAAGAGACGGAAUACAUUGUCAACACUGUGGGAACCCAAGACCGGGAUCGCACAUGAUUCCGUGGCAGAAAGCCGAUCAUCUACAACAACUGAUUGACUUUCUCCUUCAGGAAGAUCCAAAGGAAUGUAACGAUUUCAUGGAUUUGUGUUUGAAACAUGGAUAUUGGGUUGGUCUGACCCGCUUGUGUGUGCGGAAAAAUCUUAGACAAGACGCCUUGAAACUGGUCUUCUCGCUAGGUGACUUGAACCUUAUCAAGGACACUCAGCCAUGGGGAAGUCUCCCGAAAUCACUAGAUGAAUGGAAGUACCUCUUAGAAUUGCUUUUAUCACGUGAUGGAAAUAGCGACAAGUCUCAUGCUUGUCCGCACUCGUGCAUGCCGCUGUCGCUUACUGAUUGGACGCCUAACUUGACGUGGAGUAACGUCAUUAACCUGAUGCUUGAACGGCUUGGUGCUGGACACACUGUUAACUUACUGCAGGCUCUACCACGUGACACACCACUCCUUACUACAGAUUUCUACUACUCGUGUUUAUUGGGAGCCGUUAUUGAAAGAAGGCAAAGGACGUUGAUUCACGAACUGCUCAAAAAGCUGGACUCUUAUCUGUGGUCACAAAGAAGUGGCUCCUUGGCGCCUAAGUUAAACAGUUUCCGUAAAGAAGAAGAAACGUAUGGUCCAAAAAGUAAGGAAGACGUAAAUCCACCACUAGAAUCCAUGGAACAAUUCAGGACACUUGAGGAUGGAGCUUCAAACUGGGGACAAAAUAUUCGCCUGUCAGACGGUGAAUGCUUGGUGUGUUCGCUGAAACUCUGUGAGCAGAUUUCGACCAGUAAUCAAGGACUGCUUUUAUUUGAAUGUGGUCAUAUUUUCCAUAAACACUGUGUCCCAGAGGCGGCCUGCAUACUUUGCUUUCAACAAAACCUUACCACUAUUGGGUAAAAGGACUGUGAACUAGGCAAGGAAUCUGCUACGUGGCCAGGCCAAUUUAUUAUCUUUGUACAAUUCAGUUGUCGCUUUCAAAAUCAUCGUUUCAGUUCGAUUUGAAAUCUUACGGUUGAUUUUAGACCUUAAAUUGUUAAACACAUAAGAAAGAAGGAAAAGAAAGUGGUUCACCCGACAGGAUAAUUAUUAUCAAAAUUUAAACAAUAAUUUUUUGCUGUUUGAGGACGGAGAAUUUCUUUAGAAGAUAGGCGCUGUAGUUUUAUAGUUCUAUAGUAACGAAAGAACAUUAAUUAAAUUCCGGGAAAAUAAAACUCAUAUAAUGAACGCUUAAAUUACUGGUAAGAAAUGUUCACAAAUUAAUAAAUGACAGUUUUAUUUAUUUUAUACAAAUCACAGACAUAUAUACGUAUAGGCCAGAUGGAAAAUUAUAUUCUAUUUUUGGAGGAAAAAAACCCACCUCCAAUUUGAUAAUUUGAUUUGUUAAUUGCUACAGAGGUCUAUUGGAAUGAAAACUAUUGAGUUGAGAAACUGUUUUUUAACCUUCCACAAACUCCCACGAAGGAAAUAGACAGAAUUUCUUCUUAAAAUAUAAAUAAAAAAUCAACAGACAAAUGAUGAGAAUAAAGAAAAAUAUCAAUUACGAGGUUAUUUGUUGAUCCAAUAGCAAAUUCGCCAAAAUAAUAUUCUAAGAAUUGUAUGGCAGACAGUAAGGAGAAUUACUUAUGAGAUCUUGGGAGUGAAAGGGUAUGGCAGUUUAGUCUAUACCAAUGCGAUGCAACCUGCGCGAGAAAUUAUUUCAUGUAAUUGCCAACAUGUGCAGAAGAAGUCAGUUUUUUUCAAGAAAUAGUUAUUCAGCAUUGCGUCAGUCUUAACGGUAAGUAAAACUUGAUACUAGUCUGUGCCACACUUGUUACAAACAAACCUUUACAAGCCAUGUUCAGUUUCUCAAGUUUUUCACGCAACAUGUGUUGCAUCCAAAUUGAUAGCAGGUCUAGCUGAUACAGUUUCACAUUGUAACUGUUCUUUCUGUUAUCUUUUGAAACUAGCCGUUGAAAAUAGAUAUCCAAUCAGAAAACAAACUAUAUUUAUUGGAGUACGAUUCUCUGUCCAUGUUUUACAUAGUCGUUAAAAAGUAAUCCUAGUGUCAUAAUCGAUUGCAAAAUCUCCAUGUACUUUAAAAUAAAGAAAUAAAUAUUGACAGAAGUGGUUCUUGGUAAUGAAAAGACAGUUGAUACAGAGAUUAUCUAUUAAAAACAACGUUUUUAUCUCCAU